AUGAGGAAGGUGAGGCUCCAGCUGGCCGGGGUUCGCCCCCAGCCGAUCCGGCGCAACCCCGAGGCUUUUACGAAUUCCCGAAUUCCUCCGACUUGGGGUGGCUUAAAAACGUACCAGGACUUCGGUCUUCAUGGAGGUUCGCGGAGGCUCACAGAUCGGGGGCAGUGCCUCUGGGAAGCUACCGUCUGCGGUUCCCGAGAGAAGGGGUCCGCGGGGGAGACGGAAAGCGGGGGAGCCAGACCUCGAGGGGCCGGGGGAGCUCUGCUGCCUGCUGUGCGCUGGGGGUGCCCGCCCGCGUCACCCCGAGAGGACACCCGCCCGCGUCACCCCGUGAGGACACCCGCCCGCGUCACCCCGAGAAGACACCCGCCCGCGUCACCCCGUGAGGACACCCGCCCGCGUCACCCCGAGAAGACACCCGCCCGCGUCACCCCGAGAGGACGCCCGCCCGCGUCACCCCGUGAGGACACCCGCCCGCGUCACCCCGAGAGGACGCCCGCCCGCGUCACCCCCGAGAGGACGCCCGCCCACGUCACCCCCGAGAGGACACCCGCCCGCGUCACCCCGAGAGGACGCCCGCCCGCGUCACCCCCGAGAGGACGCCCGCCCGCGUCACCCCCGAGAGGACGCCCGCCCGCGUCACCCCCGAGAGGACGCCCGCCCACGUCACCCCCGAGAGGACACCCGCCCGCGUCACCCCAUGAGGACGCCCGCCCGCGUCACCCCAUGAGGACGCCCGCCCGCGUCACCCCCGAGAGGACGCCCGCCCGCGUCACCCCGAGAGGACACCCGCCCGCGUCACCCCGUGAGGACGCCCUCCCGCGUCACCCCGAGAGGACGCCCGCCCGCGUCACCCCGAGAGGACGCCCGCCCGCGUCACCCCGUGAGGACACCCGCCCGCGUCACCCCGUGAGGACGCCCUCCCGCGUCACCCCGAGAGGACGCCCGCCCGCGUCACCCCAUGAGGACGCCCGCCCGCGUCACCCCCGAGAGGACACCCGCCCGCGUCACCCCGUGAGGACGCCCGCCCGCGUCACCCCGUGA